AUGAAAAACCUUAAUAUAGAAGAAAACAAUAAUAUUGAAAUAACUAUAGAAAAAAAAUCAUCAGAACCAUAUUGCACAGGAGACAUUAAUAAUAACAGUAAUAAAGAAAAAAUAAAAGAAUUAAAUUUAUCGGAUUAUCCUUUAAAAAGUACAAAUAAUAUAACAAAUGAUAACACUGACAUGACAUUUUUAUCAAAAUUAAGUAGUAUUAGUGAAAAGAAAAGAAAAAUUGAAAUAAAAGAAGAAUUAAAAAGAAAAAAAGGAAACCCAAAUAUUGAAAAUAUGAAUGAUAAUGAUAAAAAUAAUAUUAAUAAAUAUGACGAAAGAGAAAAGGAAAUUACAAAUGAGAAUAAUAAAAAAGAACAAAAGAACAAAGAAUUUUUUAAGUUGGAUAUAGUCAUUAAUAAAAGUUGUAGCAAAACUUAUAAUGAAAUAGAAAAAGACGAUGAUAUAGUUAACACAGAAAUUAGAGAAACAAAAGAAAAUGAAAACAAAAAUGAAACAAAAGAAAGUAAUAAAAAUGAAUUAAUUAAGUAUAAUUUAAAUAAUAUAGUUACAAAUAAUACAAAUGAAGAAGAUGCAAUGGAAGAAAAUACAAAGAAGGAUAAUAAAUUAAUUGAAAAUAAUAUAAAGGAAGGUAGUAUAAUUAAUAAUAAUAUAAAUAAAAAUGAGGUAAUUAAAGAUAGUAUAAAAAAGGAUGAAAAUAUAAAAGAAGUACUUCAAAAUUUCACAAGUGACAAGACAAAAUUGAAAGACAAUACAAAUGAAAGGGAAAAUUUUAAAAAAAUUGAUAACGAUAAGAAUAAAAUAGAAUAUUCCCAAUUUGAAAUAGAUAACAAAGAAAAUGCAGGAAAUUUAAAAUAUUUUCAUGACUAUAAUAAAAAGUAUAGAAGUAAAAAGAAUGUGACUUUUUCAAUGAAAUACAAAGAUAGUUGUGUAAGCUUAAGUAACGAUAGACUAACAUGCUAUGGGGAUAAAGGGUGGUCUAGUGUUUUUGUCAAUAGUGGUGCAGACGUUGGAAAAUGGUAUUAUGAAGUAAAAAUAGAAGAGCCUUUACAAAAUUUAAAUUUCUUAGGUUAUAAAGAUAAAGUAAUAAAAGUAAAUUCUUAUAUAAGAGUUGGUUUUGCAUGUAGAUAUAUGAGGUAUGAUUAUCCUAUAGGUACUGAUAAAUAUAGUUAUUGUGUUAAUAGUAAAAAUGGAAAAAUAUUUAAUAACUCAAUAAGUCAUGAGUGUAUGGGGCCAAUUAAAGUAGGUGAUAUAAUUGGAUGUUAUUUAAAUUUAAAAAAUAAAAAUACUUAUAAAUUUGAUCCAAGAUCCGAUAAAAAAUUAUACGAAUAUUUGCAAAAUGGAAUUUUAUGUGAUCCAAAAAAUCCACCUACUUUGAAAAAAAAUUUUGGUUCCUAUAUAUUUUUUUCUUUAAAUGGUCAAAUAAAAAAAAAUUCUUUUGUUGAUAUAUAUGAAGGAUUUUAUCAUCCCUCUGUUAGUUUAUAUAUGGGUGCAUGUGCAAAGAUUAAUCUAGGACCUCAUUUUACUUACAAUUAUUUAAAGGAUUAUAAUCCAUGUAUGCUUAUGGAACAACCUAAUAUUUUGUAA